CGCAGCGCAGGGUGCGCUCGGAGGCCGCAGGUCUUCUUGAGCUGAAAGGAUGAACAUUGGCAAUUGGAAAAUCACUGUCACUGACCUGAGCUUUAUACUGACUUCUGGAGUCCCAGUUGAUGUUGUUGGGCUUAUGAGUCUGCAGGAGUGUCCCCUGUCCCUGUCCAUGAUUUAGACAGCGGUUGGACAUGCAUCACUAGCGGGAUGGUCGGCCACCAAAGCUGCAAUGUCGUCCCUGACGACCUCCAGUGAGGGAGAGAACUCUGCUCCCAGGUUUGUUGUUGGUUCCAGAGAUGAUGAGACAGAAUUUCUGGGAUCAAACAUGAAGACAGACGAAACUGAUUUCUUUGAAGAUGAUGAAGAGGAGGAGUCGCCUCCAGAACGGCAGAUCGUGGUGGGAAUCUGUGCCAUGACCAAAAAGUCCAAGUCAAAGCCCAUGACACAGAUUCUGGAACGUCUGUGCAAGUUUGAGUACAUCACAGUGGUGAUCAUGGGGGAAGAUGUUAUUCUGAACGAACCAGUGGAAAACUGGCCCUCUUGUGACUGCCUGAUAUCCUUCCACUCCAAAGGAUUCCCCCUGGAUAAGGCAGUUGCUUAUGCCAAGCUGUGCAAACCAUUUCUGAUCAACGACCUUGAUAUGCAGUAUUACAUCCAGGACAGGCGUGAAGUGUAUCGGAUCCUUCAAGAAGAGGGAAUAGACCUGCCCCGCUAUGCUGUGCUCAAUCGAGAUCCCGACAGACCAGAAGAGUGCAACUUGGUGGAAGGAGAGGACCAUGUGGAGGUAAACGGAGCUGUGUUCCCAAAGCCAUUUGUAGAGAAGCCAGUCAGUGCUGAAGACCACAAUGUGUAUAUUUACUACCCGACAUCAGCAGGCGGGGGCAGCCAGCGGCUCUUCCGUAAGAUUGGCAGCCGCAGCAGCGUGUACUCCCCAGAGAGCAGUGUGAGGAAAACAGGCUCCUACAUUUAUGAGGAGUUCAUGCCUACGGAUGGCACGGAUGUGAAGGUGUACACUGUUGGGCCGGACUAUGCCCAUGCGGAGGCUCGCAAAUCCCCUGCUUUGGAUGGCAAAGUGGAACGGGACAGUGAAGGGAAGGAAAUUCGUUACCCAGUCAUGCUGACUGCCAUGGAGAAACUCGUUGCCCGUAAAGUCUGCGUAGCCUUUAAGCAAACCGUGUGCGGGUUCGACCUCCUGCGGGCCAACGGCCACUCCUUUGUCUGUGAUGUGAACGGCUUCAGCUUUGUGAAGAACUCCAUGAAGUAUUAUGAUGACUGUGCCAAAAUCCUUGGAAAUAUAAUCAUGAGGGAGUUGGCUCCCCAGUUUCAUAUCCCCUGGUCCAUCCCAACAGAGGCAGAAGACAUCCCCAUUGUCCCCACUACUUCAGGCACCAUGAUGGAGCUUCGCUGUGUUAUUGCAGUCAUCCGGCAUGGAGAUCGCACCCCGAAGCAGAAGAUGAAGAUGGAAGUGAAACAUCCCCGGUUCUUUGAAUUAUUUGAGAAAUAUGAUGGUUACAAGACAGGGAAGUUGAAGUUGAAGAAACCAGAGCAGCUACAGGAAGUGCUGGACAUUGCACGGCAGCUUGUGGUGGAGCUGGGAACCCACAGUGAUUGUGAAAUUGAGGAGAGGAAAUCCAAACUGGAACAGCUGAAGAGUGUCUUGGAGAUGUAUGGACAUUUUUCUGGCAUUAACCGUAAGGUUCAGUUGACCUAUUUGCCUCAUGGACAUCCAAAAGCUGUGAGUGAAGAUGAAGAAGCUCGCCGAGAGUCCUCCCCCUCCCUUCUCCUGGUGCUUAAGUGGGGAGGAGAGCUGACCCCGGCAGGAAGAGUCCAGGCUGAGGAGCUGGGGCGAGCCUUUCGCUGCAUGUAUCCUGGAGGCCAAGGUGAUUACGCUGGUUUCCCUGGCUGUGGCUUGCUCAGGCUGCACAGCACUUACCGCCACGAUCUCAAGAUCUACGCCUCGGACGAGGGGAGAGUUCAGAUGACAGCAGCAGCUUUUGCAAAGGGUCUGCUGGCCCUGGAAGGAGAGCUGACCCCCAUCCUGGUGCAGAUGGUGAAAAGUGCCAACAUGAAUGGUCUGCUGGACAGUGACAGUGAUUCCCUUAGCAGCUGUCAGCACAGAGUGAAGGCGCGACUGCAUGAAAUCAUGCAGAAGGAUGCUGAGUUCUGUGAAGAGGAUUAUGAAAAGCUAGCACCUACAGGCAGUGCUUCUCUGCUCAACUCCAUGACCUUUAUCCAGAACCCAGUUGAGGUCUGUAACCAGGUUUUCACCCUGAUUGAGAAUCUCACCUCCCAGAUACGGAAACGUCUGGAAGACCCAAAAUCUGCAGACCUGCAGCUGUACCACAGUGAGACUUUGGAACUGAUGCUGCAACGCUGGAGUAAGCUGGAGCGAGAUUUCCGCAUGAAGAAUGGGCGCUAUGACAUCAGCAAGAUCCCUGAUAUCUAUGACUGCAUCAAGUAUGAUGUACAGCACAACUGUGCACUGAAACUGGAAGGCACAACGGAACUCUUCAAGCUCUCCAAAGCCCUGGCAGAUGUGAUCAUACCCCAGGAAUAUGGGAUUAAUAAGGAGGAGAAACUGGAGAUUGCUAUUGGCUUUUGUCUUCCUCUCAUUAAAAAGAUCCAGCUGGACCUACAGAGAACUCAUGAAGAUGAGUCUGUCAACAAACUACAUCCAUUGUACUCAAGAGGAGUUCUGUCACCGGGUCGCCACGUUCGGACGCGGCUGUACUUCACCAGUGAGAGCCAUGUGCACUCCCUGCUCAGCAUCUUCCGCUACGGGGGGCUUCUGGAUGAAAACAAAGACCAGCAGUGGAAGAGAGCCAUGGACUAUUUGAGUGCUAUCUCAGAGCUGAACUACAUGACCCAGAUUGUUAUCAUGCUCUACGAGGACAACAACAAGGACCCCUCUUCAGAGGAGCGUUUCCAUGUGGAGCUGCAUUUCAGCCCUGGCGUCAAGGGCUGCGAGGAGGACAGGAACAUCCCCACGGGGUUUGGCUUUCGGCCAGCCUCAGCAGAGAACGAGGACAAGAAAGCAGACCAAGGCAGCCUAGAGGACCUGUCGAGUGCGAAGGGCAGCGAUGAGCCAGACCGUGCUCGGCAGAAGUCCCCGCAGCCCGCGGAGCCCGUCAGCAUCCAGCGAAGGUCACCGCUGGUCAGGAGCCGGAAAACGGGAUCCAUGGAGGUGCUGUCUGAAUCUUCUUCUAAAUCAGGAGGUUAUCGCCUCUUCAGCACUUAUUCCAGGCAGUCUUCUGAGAUGAAGCAAAGUGGAUUAGGGUCACAGUGCACCGGGCUGUUUAGCACCACUGUGCUGGGAGGCUCCUCCAGUGCCCCCAACCUCCAGGACUACGCACGCAGCCAUGGCAAAAAGUUUGCCAGCAGCCUGACAUACAAAGACGAGCUCUUGUCUAUGCCAGCCGUAAAACGAUUUUCUGUGUCGUUUGCAAAGCAUCCGACUAAUGGUUGUACCAAGUUCCAGCCUUUUGUAAGACACGCUGUAAAGCAGUUGCCCCUGCUCCAAAUACGAUCGGAUGAAACCGGGCAUCAUGUUUCUCCCAAAACCCCAACUGGUAUUUCUGAUGGCAAAGUGCUUCUUAAUCAAGAAAACAAAGACAGGGGUCCAGCAGAUGUGUUGGAGCACCAGCACGUUGCCCAGUUGCUACGCCGUUUUUCCUCUGACUGUGCCACGAGCCGGACCAUCUCCUUGGAUGCCACCCUAGCCCAUCACCUGCAGCAGUGCUCCUACCACCUGCGCCUCUUCAGGAGCUGGCUGAUCUCAGGGCAGGAUGACUUGGAGUGUCUUUACGGUUUUGAAGGCUGUUCCAUGGUUCCCACCAUCUAUCCCCUGGAGACCCUGCACAACUCCCUCUCUUUGCGGCAGGUCAACGAGUUCCUGACAGCCGUGUGCAGGAGCUGCAGCGAGUCGCAUGUCCAGUCCACCGCAGCUUUGUUUGAUUCAAUGAUUGGGAGCCAGAUACCAGGAGACCCCUUUAUGUCCCAGCGAAUCCUGUCGUCAUCGUCCCUGCCACUGCGCCAGCGUUCGGAUAAGCCCCCUUGGUACAGCAGUGGCCCCUCCAGUACCGUCUCCAGUGCAGGCCCGUCCUCCCCAACUUCUGUGGACAACUGUGCUCGUUUCAGCUUCACUGAGAAACUUUCCAUCAGCCCCCCAAAAAGUGAGGAGCAGCUGACUAGCCAGUCCCCUGAGCAGGAAGAGAGUCAAGCUCCACGCAGAGGGCUUGACAUGCAGGAGGGCUUGUCUGGGCUGUCAGUAGCAGAGCCAAGUGCCCCAGAGACCCUGAUCUGGAAUAAGGGCCCAGAGCCAGGCAGGAUUCUGGAGCUGUGCAAGAAGGAGCUGGCAGGGGAGGAUGCUGACCCAGAAGAGAAGAACAUGGGGGAGCCGGAUGAAGAAAAAUCAUCUGUGGAAAUGUUAGAGCCAAGUAACAUAGGAAACCCAAAGUGUGAAGGGUUUGACCUGAGGCUGGUUGGGGAGACAGUGAAGCCAGGUGAGGGGUCUGUCAGGGGAAUGACUGGCCUGGAUCAGUCGGGACUGUCCAAGGAGAUCCUGGUGCCCUGUGAAGAGGAGCUGCUGGGAGAGGUGUUGGACCCAGAGCAUACAGGCAAGGAGCUGCCGGGGGACAGCGCUCUGUCAGACCAGCUUCUCUCUGGUCACCUGUGCCAGGUGCAGCCACUGUCUCCUGAGAAGAAUGUGGAGGAACUGCAGCUGCUGUGUCAGAAGGAUCAGCAAAUUUAGUGGCUUACUGGACAGCACACUGGAAGCACUUCUAAGCCCAAAAGCAGCCCGGCCUCCUGCAUGGCACCUCACGCAGCUGGAGGUCCGUAGCAGAGAAGAAGCCACUUCCCAGGGCCUCAGGACUCUGUGGUGUGGAAGAGAUUGCUUUGCUCCUCCACAAGCCAGCUCUUUGCCAUUCAGCAAGAAUGUUUGCCUCAUUAAAUGAACAACAAUGCAGUCAUGGUACUGGCAUGGCACCUCCAUGGAGCAGGGACAUGGUGCCGCACUGGUGUCCCAAGGGCUUUGUGCUCACUGGGACAGCAGCAUUAGAGGACUGGUACAGCCAAGGCUUUUAGGGUGGUAAGUCCAAAGGGGACAGAUCCUCCCUGGUGACCUUUUGGCCCACAGCCUUCAGAAAAAGGCAUUCUGGGCCCAAAUUAAUCGGAUCCAUCACAACCACCAACCUCCUCUCUGUUUCUUCCUUCUUCCUGUCUCAAUUCCCAUUGUUGGCCACCAAAAUCAGGUCCAGAGAGUCCAUGGUAGGAAAACUAGCAGAAGCAGAAAGCAUUCUGAAUGAAUGUGGAAAAGAAGGGUAGUGAGGGCAUCAGGUUUGACUGCCACUUGCAAGGAAACAUCCCUUUGCCAUGGCCUUGGAUGUUUCCCUGCUGGGCUGGGGCAGGCAGGAGCCUGUGGAUCCAGCCUGAGAGAGGUGUGCAGGGAAGACACAGUUGUUUUUUUUUUCUCAUCCCCAAGGAUCAGGCAGGGUACAGCUCUGAGGUCUUGGUGACAGGGAUUAAAAGAAACCGCUAUUUUGAUAAUUCAGGACUAUUAGAAACCAAUAAGGAGAAAUCUUUAUUAUAUAAAAUGAAAAGUAUUUAAUGGAUAUUUAUGUAAAUGCCUUGUGAGCACAAGCCUGAGGGCGAGAUUGAUACGGGUGUCCCUGCCGCAUCCUGAGUGCCGGCCGGGGCUGUGCUUCCCACUCCUCCUGUAUUUAUGGACAAGUCUGCGUGUCUGUCUGUAGCUAGGAUCUGUGUUUUUGUGAAGCUGUGCCCAAAGAUCUCUAUGCUGUGUUGUGACAAUGUGUGUUCACAGUAAAUCUAUGCUGUGGGUCCAGUG